AUGGAAAACAUCUUCCCGUUGCAGGAGAGCGUGGAGAUUGAGGAGAUAUAUGGAAGCAAGAGGCCGAAUGCCGUUCCGCCUGGAUAUGCCCGGUCGUUUCGAAUGCAUGCAGGAGUUAAUGCGGUUGAUGAUGAUGGGGCAUAUGCAUUGAAGGAGCCGAAAUGGUACAGAAAGGGAGAGAUAAGCUCAUUGGAGGAGAUCAGCAUGGACGAGGUUGUAAGUGUGAUUGGAAAAGACACAUAUGUGCGUGUAAGGGAUGCAAUUGUUGGGGAAUAUCAAGGCGGGUACAGGCCGAUGACGCUUGGGAAGGCGUUGGAGACGAAUGAUAUUGGAUUUUGUGAAAUUGUGAAGAUAUUUGCGUUUGUUGAGAGAUGGGAACUGAUAAAUUAUAGAAGCUUGAUUGAGAAAGAAAUAGCCAGUGUUGAAGCAAUGAGGAAUAGAGCAAGAGGAAUCAGCGAUGGCAAUCAUGCUGUGACCGAGAAGCAAGGAGUGAAUGGAGAUGCAUCAGUGGGAUCUGUUGACUAUAAGGCAUGCUUGAAGCAGUUGAGAUGUGAUUGUGGAGAAGAAGCGGCGUUUUUUACUAGGAGCAUGAUAUUUAAGUGUAGGAAGUGCUUUGAUGAGAGAGCCUAUGCUGAUGAUGUGCUGAGAUCUGAUUUUUUUGCUGCAGAUAAGCUGCUGGUUGAAAGCAUGUGGUCGAAAGAAGAGGAGCUACGUCUUCUUGAAGGAAUCAACAUGUAUGGAGACGAGUGGAAUCUUGUAAGCCAGCAUGUGCAGACAAAGUCUAAGGAGGAGUGCGUUUUUUAUUUUUUGAGGAUCCCGAUUCUGGAGAAUGCACUGCCUAAGAGUGGGUUUUCGGAGAUAGGGCCGUUGUUUGUGACUGCUGAGAAUCCAAUAAUGUGUGUGAUUGCAUUUGUGUGUGCGAUUGUGCAUCCGUGUGUUGCAUCUGCGUGCUCGAAAGCAGCGAUGAUGCACAUUGGAAAGUGCUCGCAAGAAAAGGUUAUGAGGCACAUGCUUGAUGCAGGAGUGGGCAAGGCGAUUGAGCAGAGGGAUCUGGAAAGACGAAAGAUCAAGAGGCUUAUGGAUGUUAUAUAUGAGGCGGCUCUUAGAAAGAUCCGAAUGAAAAUGAGCGCAUAUAAGGAGAUGAAUGUGUCUAUACAGCGAAUGCGCAAUGAGUUAGUUGGAUUGAGGCAAGGCCUUAUUGAUGAGCUUGAGUUUACAGAUGAGAAAUAA